GUGUGUGUACUAGUUGUCUUUUGAAAGCAGACCAUGCAUUUGCUCCCCGCUACCUAUGAGCAGCCAGUGGAUGUUUUAAGGGUUCCGAAUCUGGCUGUUGGUUCGUCUUUUCCUUUGCAAUGUCUAAGCCUCUUUCAUUAUUAUGCACUCUGCAUGGAAUAAUCAUCGAAAAAGGAGCUGAGGAGACUCCAUAUUAGACUUGCGUUCCAAAUACCACUCUAAUCUGGACUUAGACACCUAAAUAGUCCUCUCGUGUUAUCAGGUUUGGAUCACUUUAUCCUGCUUGCCAAAAUGUGUACCUGUUUGGAGACCUCUGUUCAUGCAUGGCGUCCUGGGUCCUCUUGUGCGGGAAAGCAGAUACCUGCUUCCUGCAUGGGUGGUGGGGUUCUAUCAUAGACCGAGAAGGAGACACAGCUGACCUUUUGGGAAGCGGAGAGAGAAUUAUGAUAGAAUUGGCAUCCUGCUUUUAAAAAUGCAGUCUUUUGUUUAUUUGCUAGCAGACAUUGUAGCACUGAAUACAUCUUUGGGUCUGACAAUGGGACCGGUGGAACAAUGGAGCUGUCAAACUAGCUUAAUGCAUGUCUGGGGCUGGUUUUCUGUUUGUUUGUUUUUUUUUUCCAGCACCCCCUUUUAUCUCCUAUAAUCUUGUUGUGUGGACUAUCAGAGGGAAGCUUUGGGUCUGCUUAUUUGUGGUUUUAUGCUUUUAAAAAUUUAUUAUCUGCCGUUCUCAGAGCUUUUUGCAUUUUGCAGUUAUGUUGGCUGGAUUAAGUUAGAGAUUUAUGGCUUGCCUCUCUGUUAACUACAGAAAGAAAACUUAUUGAUUGAGGAUGCUUGUAAUACUAUUAUCAUUGUGGCAAAUGCCUUGUUGAUCAGACCUGCUUCUACAGUAUUUACCGCCGAGGAUUUUAAAUGCUCCCUUUUUUUGGACCUAGGGAAUGUAGCAUAAAAGAGAAGUUAAGAAGGACAUACUUAAUGCUCAAGUAAUCAGUAUUCCUAGUUUUUAGCUUCCCCUUUGGCAUCCACAGACAAGCAGUUUAGAAAUCCAAGAAUAAGAACUUUUGCCUUUCCAAUUUUGGUCACCAACUAUUGUUCUGUUACUUUGUUAAGUGAAAGGUUUCGAUGGAAUAUAUUGAUCUUUGAUUUGAUGUUUAUAUUCUUACAAACUGCAUUUCUAUGAAAGGCAAGUAUUUCACGUGUAUUCGGAUGCCCUUCAUUUCAUAAGAUAAACUGGUUUCUAAGGUGAAAAUACUGUAGGAGAGAAUAUGGAAAAAUCUGGUUCAAACUUCUCAAAUGCUGAAACCAUUUUUAUUCCACACUGGAUGUAAAAUAACUGAAAUUAAAAUAAUAAGUAAUAGAUUUACAUGAAAAUCCUCUUUUAAGGUUGAUGUCUAUAAAGAAUAUAUAUUUAUAGUGUUUUAGUGUUUUUGCUUAAUGAACCGUUUGUGCCAGAUCAAUAUUAUGAGAUAUGUAUUAGUAAGUUCAUAGACUAAAACCGAGAGCCCAAUAUGAGAAACAAAAGGGGAGUUGUUUCAAUGAAUAAAAUAAAAGAUAAAAUUGGUUUCAAAUAUUUCCUGAUAGAGUUUGGUACAAAUUAGGGAUGUCCCUCAUUAAUAAGGAAGGACAUACAUGUAUUACUUAUAAAAACACAAGUAUGAAGUACUAAUUAUUCCUUAGAUUCAGAGACAAACUUAAGUUGAAAUAUUAUUAAAUACUUAUUGUAUAAUUAUUUACCUAAAUGUUAUCGGCUAACCAGAAUUGCCUUUGCAAGUUGAGAUUUCCUACCGGUAAUAUUUCCAGAGCUUAGGUACACCAAAGCAUAUGUGUGUGGUGUAAUAAUAUUCUUCAAGUUAUCCAUUGUGAAUAGAGUGGGUUUUAAAGGCAUGCUUGUUAUGUUCUCUCGGUUCCAAUGGGAUCUGAACUGCUCCUUGCUUUGGGUAUAGCAAUAAUUGCUUUCAGGAUGAGCUCAUAAAAGGUAAUGGGUAAGGCUUCAUAUCCGAGGCUAACCAACUGUUACCAACACACCCCAGUUCUGCUUUCACCGAAAAAAAAAAUUUCAUUCUAAAACACAGUGUGUGUGUGUGUGUGUGUGUGUGUGUGUGUGUGUGUGUGUGUGUGGUCUAAGAAAAAAGCAGUCUUCCAUGCUUGCUAGAUGCUUGUCAGGAACUCAUUUAAAUAAAGAAGUCACUCGGAGACCACCGUGUUGAAUUUUUUUCUUAAAUUGGUAAUUAUUUAACUGUGAUACAUUCACUUAAAUUUCUGAUUGCUCAUCAUUAGUUAGGCUGGACACAGGGGGAUUUCACUUGUCCACUCUUGUCUGGUGUUCUCAUGCAUCACCAGUUUCCAGAUUUGGGGGUCCCAUACCUCUUUCCCACCCACCAUACAAUUCCAGCAUCCAAUAUACAGAACAAUGUAUUUUUCUCUGUGCUCAUAGAAAAAGUAUAAUGCUGGGAGUUGGCAAACGUGCCUGCUUUUAUUUCUACAAAAGUAACAGGAUAAUGUAGUGUGCAGCAUACUAUUCACUCGGUAUGCAAUGAUUCUCCUGGACGCUGACCUACACAAGUGUAGAAACAAGAUUUAAUUCUAACCUAAGACCUGAAGAGAAUCCAUAGGCAAAUAUUCAAACUGGUAAAAUGGUCUCUUUCACUAGAGAAUAACAACUGCAUCUCAAGCCCCUUUAUAAAGCAGGGGCCUCGGGAAUAUUUACAUAAAUGUGUUCAGCCGACCACAGACCAAGAUCUAUAACCUCCCACGUAUUAAAAAUUCUUUUCUUUGCAAGGAUGGAACCUGACAAACAUUUCUUUAUUGGCUCUUUUUUUUUUUUUAAAUGUUACUAGAUAAAAUUGCAAGAUGUCCUUGGGGGGCUGGAAAGAUGACAAAGAGUGUUUGACUAAUAUUCAUAUCUAGAACUUUAUAGCAACUGUGAAUUGUGCUUGAGUACCUGGGAAGUCUUUCAAAGAGUGAAUCAAUACUAAUUAUUGUAAUCAGGGGGGUUAAUUAGGUGAAAAUGUGGCUGAUGGAAAGUUCAUUGCUCACAGCCCUGGAAGCCCCCAGGUUGAUAGGAGGAAAGAGAAUUAGAGAAGGGAGAUGAGGAUGAUAGCACCAGCUCUCCUAAAGAAAAACACAACUGGAUUUUCUUUCAUUAUGCUAGUGGUGAAAUUAGGAGGGCCAGCCUUAUUGUUAUGUAGAUGUUUGAGUGAUAGUGUGAACAGAAUGGGUUUGCCUAGCAGCCCCUCUGCCCUGUGCCAUUUCUCUAUCCUUCUUAACACUGUACCAAGUUCAAGCCCUGUUAGUGACAGCCAUGUCCUCUUGAAUCAUGUCUUCCGGCCUUCACCGACUUCCUUGAUUUUGAUAAUUCCGGAGGGACUCUGGCCAGGCAGAGAUGGCUCUUUCUCAUCUCCUGAAACUACAGCUUGCCUCUUUAAUUAUUGGACUUGCUAGUUUUCUGAGAUACGGUGGUGACUUCUUUUAGUCUGUAGAGAAGACGAGGCUGGGGUGGUAUGAAAUCAAUUAUAAUUUUGUGGCCUUUUGCUCACCUGACAUUAGGAAGAGGCUGCUAGGAAAAAAAAAAAAAGGUUGUGUGAGGAUAGGGGGAUGAGAAGCCUUAGGUUGUAGCCAGCUCAGAGCAGAAAUAACAUAUGAAAGAACCAGGGUGGCUUUGCAACACACCGCACAAACAACAAAGGGGAACUGUGUGUGUGUGAGUGUGUGUGUGUGUGUGUGCAUGUGUGCACAUGUGUUUAUAUGUGUACAUGUGUAUGUGCAUGCAAUGUGUGUUUAUGUGUAUACGUGUGUGUGUGUGUAUGUGUUUGUGUGUGUGUGUGUGUGUGUGUGUGCAUGGUACGUGUUGGGUUCCACUCAACUAGGAGUUGCCACUGGUGGAUUCUGAUGAGAUACAAGGUCUACUUUGUUCCCCAGUACACCUUCACACAUCAUAGAAAGUCAUGAUUACAAAUUAUCAAUUAUCACGUACGGGUAUGCUCAUCUUUCCCACAGUUUUCCUCUUGUGACCCACCUAGCACAUUUCCUUGUAUGCCAAAAUAAAGUCAACAGGAAAUGGCAUCUGCAGAGGGAGGAUGGACCAGAGUGACAUGUAUCAUGAGGACAGCUUGAGCUUCUACUACUCUAGCCCACUAAAGGUUGAUCUGCUCAUCAUUGACUACACAGGGUCAGGAUGAAUCACUGGAGUUUAUAAAGCAUCACUACUGGCAUGCCUCCAAGGAACAAAAAAAAACCUAAAAAAUCAGAAUUUACUUGUAAAAUUAUUCCAUUCCACGAAGUUUGAUGUGGUAGCACAUAGGACCCUGUAAACUGUUGGUACACUUUUGAGACUCAUGGCUUUUUUUUUUUUAAUUUGCAUCUUGAGAAAGCUCACAGUUGCAUCACUAAGAAUUCUGAUAGAGGUGACAUUGGCUUCUAUCAGGGAAGUGAGUGGUCUCUGUGUAUAAACCUAACUGCAUUUUUCACCUUCCUGGAAAGCCAUCCAUCUUGGUCCUAUAAGAGCCAUAGGUCCUACACUUUUUAUCAUUCCUUGUUCUUUGAAUACCAUUUCAAGCCCCCCAGAUCAUCAUCCUCUCUUCAUAGACAGUAUCCUAUCUCUUCUCUCUGGGCUUCAGGCUUUAGACAUGUCGCUGAAACUUUAAUUCUAGAGGAUUAAUGUUGACUUUCUUCUCAACUGCCACUUUUGGUUUCCAACAAAGAUUGGGGUAUGAGAUGUUAUUAUAGAAAGCAUACAGUUAAGACUUAGCUUAGACUUGGCAUGCUAUGAAGUGCUUAUAUUCAUAUCGUCUAAUGUAAUUCUCAUAAAUAUCAAAGUGGUUAUGAUAGUUGUACCAGUUUUAAAGAUGGAAAGCUGAAACUGAAAAUAAUAAAGUCACAUACCUAAAGUCAUAGACAUCAUAGUGAAAAGGACUAUAACUCAGAGCUCAGCUAAAUUCCUUCCCUGGGCAGUGGCAAAAACAACAAUUUCAUAUUUGCUUCUCUUUUUUUUUUUCCCUGUUACUGUGAAUUGAAUCUAGCAUUUUGAACCACUGAACACUUAUCUAACAAUCUGUACACUCCACCACAACCCUUUGAGACAGAAUCUCACUAAGUUGCCAAGGACGGCCUUGAAUUCACUAUGUAGCCCAGGCCUGAUCCUCCCAACUCAGUCUGUGCAGUGGGAUCCCAGGGCUAUGCCACCAGGCUCAGUGAGAUUUGCCAUUUUAAAAAGUAAUUGUUUGUAUUGUUUUUAAUUAUGUCUACGGUGUAUCUAGGUAUGUUCAUGUGAGAGAGUUAUGGGGAUAUGUGUUGUGAUUUUGUAUUGGAUGCCUGGGAGCUGGAGUUACAGAGGGUUGUAAGGCCUACAAAUAGGGUGCUGGGAACUGAACUCUGGUUCUCUGCAUGAGUAGUAUGUGAUCUUCACCACUGAACCAGGUAUUUGCCAUCUUAAAACCUAUGUCGCAGCUCUCCCACAGAAGCCUUUGAUUGGCAGCUGCUUCUUUCUAUUGUCAUUGGUCCAUUCAUCAGUGGACUGCCCACUCAAGGGCGCAUCAAGAUGCUGGCCAUAGCUAACGGUUUUAACUGCUCUAUCCUUCCUGGAUCACAGUUUGUUUGUUUGUUUUGGUUUUUUAACUUUACUUAUUUUUCAGUGUUAAUUUUUGGAAGGGCAUAGGACUUAUGAUCCAGAAGAAAUAAAAACUGGUGAUAACAAAGGAAGGAUUAAAGGAAUAAGGAAGGAAAUUAUUUGAAACAUCACAAUAUCACAGCUUCUGUGUUCUCACUUGCUUACCUUAGAGUUCAUAAGCUCUUUGUUUUAGUGUUAGACAGGAUCUCCACAUACAACCCAUGCUGGCCACAAACUCCACAUCCUCCUGCCCCCACUUUCCAUGUGCUGGGAUUUAUAGGAGUAGACCAACCACACUUGGCAUUCAAGAAGUCUAAGAAAAAAGUAUGCCAUGCUCAUUUCUCUUAGACUUUCAGCUAUACAACAGAAACAUCUAUAUGAUGUUGGGAAGAACAAUAGAGAAAUUCAAAGCUCCAUGGAUUUAAAAUGUUAAUUUUAAAAAUGUCAUAUUACAGUUAUAACCAAUCAAACAACAAUCAAAUGUCUUCAAUAAAAAACAUUUCUUGACUGUCAAAUAGCUCCAAAACUUUUGGGGAGAAAAGAAAACUAUAUCUGGAGAAGGAUCAGUGGUCAAAUGCACACUGACAGACACUGGACUUGGCUUUGAAGGAUGUGCAAGGUGGAAUUAAGGCAGUGGGUAAAGAAGAUGUCUAUCUUUGUUAAUAAAACCAAAAAAAACCAAACUCCCAAGCUUACCCACUCGCCAUCCUUAGUUCCCAAGGUCUCACUCUCCUCCUUCCUUGCCAUAUUCCUAUAAAACAGGGCAAACAUGGGCUAUGGGCUGUUGAGAGACUUAGGGAUUAGGUAACAGCUUUACACUCAACAAUAGAGAUAAAGAGAAGCUAUACAACCUUAGAUUCACCCUGGAUAGUUAGACAAUGUCCAUAAAAUGGCAAAAUUUCCAUGAAGAUCUAUGAGGAAGAAAAGAAAUUUCCUCUAGUAGACUUAGUAGGAAUUAGCAUCAAAAGCAAAUUUAGAUAGGCAUUUGGGAUCUUCGAAAACCUCUCUUAUAGAUUAAAAGUAGAUUCAGAUUUGAGGUAUUAUUAUAGAAAGAAUUUUUCCUGAUCUCAAUACCUUGAUAUAUUUUCAACCUACGUGUCACUUUAAUAGCUCAGUUAUAUAAUUGCUAUAGUAAUAAUUAGGUUGCCACAUUAUACGCCUUAUCUGAGGAUCAUGGCAAGCUUUGAAUGGUGAGCCAUUCUUCUCUACUAAGAAGUAAUGACCACAAGUAAGAAAAAAGUCUAGUUGAUUAAUCACACACAAUGUUAAAUGACUUGUUCUGGAGUCAAUCAAUGUUUUGACAAAAUGAAAUUGAGAAUCCAACAGGUUUCGUUCUUAAAUCUCAUGAUCCUUUUACUCAGUUCAAAAUUAUCAUUUGCCCUAAAGGGUCUGACCUGUAAACUCGAAGUCAGAUGUUUAAGAGCCCAAUUCUCUUUGCUGGUAACCAGUUAUCACUGGAAGUAAGUACUUUAUUUUUACAGAAACUCAACCUUUUAGUCUCUUAAUCCUCACUCUUCUUCCAGUUGUAUUUGCUCAUGAAAAACAAAUGAACAAAAACAGAAAAUAGCUUUGGACAAAUGAAGCCGAUUGUCUUUUUCAUUGAAAAUUCUGAUUCCGGAUAAGAUCCAUCUCAGUCAACCCCAGGCCUAAAGCUUACCACAUCCAUUUGUUGAUUUCUUUUUAUUCCCCGCCCACCUGUUCCUGCUCUCUCAACGACCUCAUGUUAUGCAGGCAACUGGGUCCUCCAGCUGUUGCUGCUCAGCUGCUGUAGUUUGUCAAGCAGCAAUUUCUCCCUUUUAAAAAUCUGACAACUUGGGAGAGAGUCAGAUAACUUUCUGUGGAUUAGGGGAAACAUUUGAUGGGCUAGGUUGUUGAUGGGUGGAUUGCAAGGGAAUUAGAAACGUCACUCUGAUAAGUAUACAUUUUGUUCCUGGCGCCAGUCUGGCACCAAAUAAGGGCGCUAGUAUCAUUUGACAAAUCUCAGCAACUUCCAAAAGGGUUCUGGAACAUUCCUUCCAAAGGCUGCACCCAUCCCCUCCACUGUCUUCCGUGUGCAAAUCUCCAUGCUAGACAGGGAAGCCUUUUUUCUUCUUCCUACCCUUUCCCCAGACUUCUUUGAAAUGUUCCCAUCCUAUCUUCUUGCUUUGUGGUACACAAUCUCUCACCCUACCCCUCCUUUCUUCUGGCAACGUCUGGAAAGAAAUCCUGCCGCUCCCUAUAGAGACAGCUGUUGCUACUUCAGAAACCAGCCAUGGUCAAGGCAAGUGACAUUUGAUUUCUGGUAGAAAUAAGUAACCCUCGGCCAACUCCUCACUUCACUUUGGUAGCCACCCACGCCGCCUCAGACACACAGCUGUAGAGGAGGGUGAGACUUUGUCUGGCUCCCAUUUGAAAGACAGAAAGAAAAAGUGGUGGGUGGGGCAGAGAAAGGAAGAGAAGGCUGAGCAAGAAAAAUUAAAGGUUUGCAGGAGUGGGCUAAUGGAGAAAGGAGAAAAGGGAAAGGCCAGGUUAGUGGGGGAAAUGAGGCAAUGGCUGGCCUCUGGGUCUGAAAGACCCAGAAUAUUAACGUUCUCUGCCCUUGGAAUGGAAGCUCCUGACAGCCCUGGAGGGGCAUCUCAUUUUCCACUUCGAAGUAACGGCACAGCCAACAAGAUGAACGGAGCUUUGGAUCAUUCAGACCAGCCAGACCCAGAUGCCAUUAAGAUGUUUGUCGGACAGAUCCCUAGGUCCUGGUCGGAAAAGGAGCUGAAAGAACUUUUUGAGCCUUAUGGAGCUGUCUACCAGAUCAACGUCCUCCGGGACCGGAGUCAGAACCCUCCCCAGAGUAAAGGUUGUUGUUUCGUAACAUUUUAUACAAGAAAAGCUGCACUUGAGGCCCAGAAUGCACUGCACAAUAUUAAAACUUUACCUGGGAUGCAUCAUCCCAUUCAGAUGAAACCUGCAGAUAGUGAAAAGUCAAACGCUGUGGAAGACAGAAAAUUGUUCAUAGGAAUGGUUUCCAAGAAAUGUAACGAGAAUGAUAUCAGAGUGAUGUUUUCUCCAUUCGGUCAGAUAGAAGAAUGCCGGAUUCUCCGGGGACCUGAUGGGCUGAGUCGAGGCUGUGCGUUUGUCACAUUUUCUACAAGGGCAAUGGCACAGAAUGCAAUCAAAGCCAUGCAUCAGUCUCAGACCAUGGAGGGCUGCUCUUCACCAAUCGUGGUGAAGUUUGCUGACACUCAGAAGGACAAAGAGCAAAGGCGCCUCCAGCAGCAGCUUGCACAGCAGAUGCAACAGCUCAACACUGCCACUUGGGGGAACCUAACAGGACUGGGUGGACUUACCCCGCAGUACCUGGCGCUUCUGCAGCAGGCCACCUCCUCCAGCAACCUGGGUGCAUUCAGUGGCAUUCAGCAAAUGGCUGGCAUGAAUGCUUUACAGUUACAGAAUCUGGCAACACUGGCUGCUGCUGCAGCUGCUGCUCAAACCUCAGCCACCAGCACCAAUGCAAACCCUCUGUCUAGCACAAGCAGUGCCCUGGGAGCCCUCACAAGCCCUGUGGCUGCUUCAACCCCCAAUUCCACCGCUGGUGCGGCCAUGAAUUCCUUGACCUCUCUUGGGACUCUACAAGGAUUGGCUGGAGCCACUGUCGGAUUGAAUAAUAUUAAUGCACUAGCAGGUACCAUAAACAGUAUGGCGGCUCUGAAUGGAGGACUUGGCGCCACAGGCUUGACGAAUGGUACGGCUGGCACCAUGGACGCCCUGACCCAGGCCUACUCAGGAAUUCAGCAGUAUGCGGCAGCUGCACUGCCCACUUUGUACAGCCAGAGCUUGCUGCAACAGCAGAGUGCUGCAGGCAGCCAGAAGGAAGGUCCAGAGGGGGCAAACCUCUUUAUUUACCACCUUCCACAGGAGUUUGGAGACCAGGACAUUCUGCAGAUGUUCAUGCCCUUUGGAAAUGUUAUCUCUGCUAAAGUCUUCAUUGACAAACAGACCAAUCUGAGCAAGUGCUUUGGUUUUGUUAGCUAUGACAAUCCAGUCUCUGCACAAGCUGCAAUCCAGGCUAUGAACGGCUUUCAGAUCGGCAUGAAACGCUUGAAGGUGCAGCUGAAACGCUCCAAAAACGACAGCAAACCUUACUGAUCCUAACCCCAGAAGCUCCCUGCUCUUAUUUUAGCUUUCUUAGGACAUCUUCAUGCCCGUUAGUCAUCGUUUGCCUAGCAUGUCCCUGUGGCGUCUCAAAAACAGUUUCAUCGUCCCGUCAUUGUUUCUGAUGUCUUUCUGACCUCACAUCAUAUUUGGUUCUCCUACUGACCUUUGAUCUAGUUUUGACCUUUGAAAUUUGCAUGUGACCUCAUCUAGCUAUGAAUUCUGGGAAGUCAAUGUGAAAAACAUUGCUGCAUUCAUGCAAGACUGAAAUUAUUAGACAAAUUAUAGAAAACAAAACCUGUGGCAAAAAUGUUUCUUUCUUAUUUUUUUUUCUUUUCAUAAAACAGACUUGAAAGUAUUACACAGGGAUUGGCAUUCUGCCCGGUCACUGGUGACAAUAGCAAUAUGUGUCCAGGGACACAGAAUGUUGGUUUCUAACAGACUACUUCCAAAAACAGUUUGAGAAAAAAAAAAAAACUGUCUGAUUUUAAGUCUCUAGAGGUCUGUAAUAGUUUUUACAUUUUUCAGGCAGUGUAAAGUUUUUUGAUAAGGCCAUUUUAGGUGGCUCACUUUCUCAUUAAGAUAUAUAUAUAGAACCACUUUUUGUAGAUUAGUAUAAGAAAAAUAUUUACCCUGUUUUGGGGCAAAUGCUACCUAUUUGUGUCACCUUUUGCUGAACUGACUCACAGUUAGACAAUCCAUGGUUUAAUGCACAUGAAAUUACCUAUAUUUUAUACUGUUCCAAUGUACAGGAGAAAGGCUACUGUAAGCUGCGUCAUGUUGGUGCUUCUGUGGAUUAAGUUGUGCUCUCAUCACAAGUCUUAAGGUCUUAAUGUUAUUUGUUGAUAAGACAAGCUUAGAAUUGGUUUACUUAAAACAAAAAAAAAAAAGAAUUUCAAAAAAAAAAGUUGUUUGCUUAAAAAAAAAAAGUUCAUGUGAGAGAAAAAAGAAAAAAAAAGAAAAAAAAAAAACUAUUCCAGACUAAGUUUUGUGUUGGCCUGAGAAGCAUUGGCGUCACUUUUUUUUAUUGUGGACUAUUAGAUGUGUUUGUGUUCAGCAAAAUGUGAUGUUUUGUUUUUUCUUUUAAAGAAAAAAGUGAAAACUAUCUAGUGCCAAAUUCCAAAGGUACUUCCUCCCUAGAGCUUCGCGUGUUUCCUGUGAGAAGUGAUUUGAUAACAUGGUAUUUUAUUAUGUGUUUUGUAUAAAUCCCUAAUAUUUAAAACAAACAAAAAAAAAAAAAAGGUUACAAAGUUUGUUAACUUGCUAUUCCGUGGUCUUGUUGCCUGAAAUUGUUAUUGUUUGUUAUUUCUCUAUGCUGUUUUUUGUAAGACAUUGUAUAAGUGCCGUGUGUCACUUUUCUAACCUCUCCACGUCAAUGCUGUGACGGCAGCCCUCACAAUGUAUUCUCUUCAUAAUAUCUGGAAACCUCUAAGGUGAGAAAGUCCUGAACUUUUAACCCUUUCUACCCAGAGCUAUCUGGAAUGUUGGUGACUUUUUAUACUGUCAUCCUUGGGUUUGUUUUGGGGUGUUUAGAUAUUUUUUUCCAUUUGUAUCUUCUGAGUUAUUUUUUGUUUUUUGAGUCACACACCUUCCCAAAAAACCCUUAAGUCUUUUUCCUAAACCGUUUUUUAUUUUCUUUUUUAUCCCCUCCUUCCUAUCACCCUGUGCUCCUUCAGUUUAAAUAUAAGAGACUGAGUAGACCCUGGGAAGGGAAAAACAGGUAGAGCUUAGCCCUACACAAACCCUAAAGACCGUGUCUGCUUUUUGAUAAGGGUUUCAUGGUAUGCCCUCGUGUACAAUAUUUUUAUACACCCUGGAGUUAAAUGGCUUUUUGGUGGUCCAAUCUUUCAAGAAGUUUUACUUUUGUUUCUUAAACACCCCUAUGUAAUGCUGAGUCAGCCUUUGGCUCGGGAUUCUCAGACGCAUGUGGACACCUGAAUAUGCAAGGUGUCUUCCUGAAAAGCCCACACAUUUCAAGUGGUUGGCCAUGUAAGAGGAGAUCAGCUGCUCUUCACCACAAUUACUACCAAAUACUAGGACUAGUUCCUGCUGUUGCUCUCGAAAGUGCCAUAUUCCUGAGUCUGGCUUCAUAUGAGCAGAUGUCUUGUUCUGACAGACCCCAAUGUCAUGCCUACAGUCCAAACACACACCCAGCCUCUGGGAAAACACACCCUGCAAGCUUCUGGUCUCAGCUCCCUUUUCCUUCACACCCUCCCUCCAUUUGAUUUAAUGUGUGUGUGAAUGUGAUAGCCCUGAGAUGGAAAGGAUUAGCCUCUCACAAUGCAAAAAAAAAAAAAAAAAAAAAAAGUUCCCUCCUUCCAGCACGCGCACUUCCAGUGACAUGAUUGGUGUUAGCCCACUGUUUACCACUGCCGGGGCCUUCCUUCAUCCUUGAGGGCUAUUUUGUACUUUCUGCAGCACUCAGCUCACUAACAGUGAUCACACACAUUCUCAGUCUCUCUAUGGUGGUGUGUAGGUACACGUGUAGAAACACAAGAGAAUACCAGUUGUAUUUCAUAGACCAUCUCGUUCACAAUCUAUUUAGUUAUUAAUGAUAUAAAUCUCAAAAAAAAAUCUUGACUUUUUUUUUUCCCCCCAUGGAAGCCAACUGCCCUCCUUCCUCUUAACCCACCUGCGGCCCCCGCAGAGGCUCGGGUCAGGCAGGUACUUUCUGUUGAGCUCGGUUUCUGAUUUUGCAGGCGACCAAGACCGUCCAUUGAGGCGAGGGCUUGGUUUUGCAUGUUUCAUUGUUAGAAAGUUAGCCUUCCUCAGAGACAGACUGUCCUUCCUCUCUCAGUAUCAAAAGGAAACGCUGCAAGGGUGCGCAGGGCCUGUUUCCGGAAGACAAAACACAGGGAAACUGCAUUUUUAAAAAUCAAGUGUAAAGCAUAUAGACUUUUAAAACUCACUCAGAGAACUCUGAUCAGAUGGCACCUCCACGGUGUGACAAGUUCAUCUUUCCUUCACCGCAGGGGUUCUAGUUCCUUGGCUUGUGCUACUCUGGAAUCAUUUACUGUUUCUGUCUUUAUUAUCUUAAGUGCUAAUUAAAAGAAAAUAAAACUUAAAAAAAUGUAGUUUCAUUACCUUUUGAAUAAUGUCAUACAAAAAUGUAUUUGUGUUUUUGUGCUGUGGGAAUUGUUGUUUGUAGAUUAAUAAUACCAUUUUGUUUAGAACUACAAAAUAGUUUUUAAAUAUUGUCUGAGAAAAGCCAAAGUUAAUGCAACCUAGUGGAAACUGUAAGACCAUUUGAGUAUUGUUUCUGUUUUAUUGAUGCAUUUGGAUUUUGUUGUUUGAUGGAAUUUGAGCCAAAAAACAAAAAUGCAGGCUUUCCUAUUUCUACAACUGAUUGUACUUACGCAUUUUGUACCAGUGGGAUUUUUUAUACUGGAGAUUAAAAAAAAAUGGAAAUUUUUGUGGCUUACUCUUGUGGGCCCCCUGACAAUGACUGAUUUCAAGUUUGAUUUCUGGUUGAUAGGAAGAAAGUUGCUUUUCCUUUAAGAAUUAAAAACUUUGGCUUGAUUUCUUUUUUUCCCUUUGCUUAUAUCUAGCAUUAGAAUUUUGUCUUAAAAUACAGCGGUAAGUUUCACUCUUUAUUCUGUACUGUGCAGUUACACAAUAAGAUAAUUAGAUUUAGAAGUACUCAGUCACUUUAAGUGGAUAAAUGUAUUAGUUAAACUUUAGGAGUUUGCUUUUUUGCUGUUUAGAUCGAAGUUUUUUCUGACCCUUCUGUCCUCAUUGUGAACAUAACCGUGUAGUUGAAACAGUCAGACUUAUUUUUGUAAUGUAUGUUAUUGUGUGAUGCGGUUUUUUGCUUCUGUCUCCAAUAUUAAACCAUUUUCCUAAUACUUGUUUCUCUCUCUGCGUGUUGUAUUGUUGGUAAUCAUUCUGUGUUGGUGACACAUCUACACAACCUCACUGUUGCACGUAUCUGUUCUUUUCUUUAUGUUGUGUAAAAAGAUACAGUCGAUUCCACCUAAGUGAAUAUCUGAUUUGGGACACGAAGAAACUACACAUCCCACCUCUGGUUCAUCCACAGCCUACCCCUGACUGAUGCUUCCAAGACAAUACGCCUUUCCCUCUGAUCCCUCUAGGACCGCCUAGAGGGCUACACUUGGCAAGGCAUUUUAUGGUCUUUUGACCACACAUGUUCUUUCCUCUCCCCUCCCUCCUAUCCACAGUUCCUAACAUCCGUGAAGUCUCUCCUAUAAACCUUAAGAGGGACAGAAGCAGUAGACCCAGGGCUUCUUCAUCUACCUUCAGGUACGAAGUCUCAUGACUACAGUCAGGGUUAGAGAGGGUUAGAAAGCCCUUAUAAAAGAGGCACACCCUCAGGGAGAGGUAAAAUAAAGCCAGCUGGCCAACAGCGGGCAGCUAAAAACCAUUAAGCUUAGGUGUGUGCUGCACUGAUCAAUGGGUAUGUAUAGAAGUGCAUUUCUAUUCGCUCAUCAAUUUAAUCCAGGAGUAGCUUCAAUUAUUACCACUCACAGAAGUGGGAAGACUUCCAGGUAUUCAAUGAGGGAGGUGGGGAGAAUUCUGCUCAAGUCCUUGCUGUCUGUUUACAAAGGGGAGCUCAGAAUGCCAUAGGUCCAUUGUCGUCCCCCCUCCCCCUCCCCCCCCCCCACCGCAGUAGACACAGGAUAGGAAGGAGAUGUGCUCUCACUGUACCCAACCCCUGAUCAGAGAAGAACUGCCCCACUGCCCAUGCUGUGACAAGCCCUCCCCGCUCUACUGUCUACUUGCUCAGGAGUCUGGCUGCCCUCAAAGAGUAUUUCCCAUGGCUAUCUGCUCCCUUCUCUUCUCGCCCGUGCCAGGACACCUGAGCUGGUGUCAGCGAAAGCUCUGGCUGCCCACCCUCUGGUUUCAGCUGGCCCCUCAGGCCCCUUUCUUCAGUCAGGUCAACAACCAUGGGCCUACCAAACAGAAGAAAGGUGGCUCUUUCCCUAGGCCAAACCUCUCACUGGGCAUGAGGUUCCGAGCCCUGCUCCUACUCUGACAAAAGCUGAUUCCUAGUGACACCUGUGCUGGCUUUCUCAGGGCGGGGCCUGCUUGCUCAGUUGCCUCUGAAAGGCCACUGCUUCACUAGUGAGGGAAGACCAAAGUGUGGUUUCUUUUUCUUUUCUGGAGGAAUGGGCGGCAUCAGGGAGGGAAGGCCUGGGAAAGAGGAUGGUAAAAUUUGUUCCAAGAUGUGUUUCUUUUUGAAAUCCUAAUAUGACCACCAUUCAGCACAGGGCAUGAUGUUCGCGCACUGAAAGACAAACUGGGCUUUUCUACCGAAGACACAAAGGCUCGGUCCUGUAAGCACUUGUGACUAUAAAGUCAGCCGCUGCUUAAAUUCACACUCAGCGUUUAUUUUUUGUGUAACUCCCACCAUGGUUGUGAGCAGGUCUGCCCAUGCACAGGCCACCAUGAGAAGCCAGACAACUGUCAGCAUUCACUGGCUGAUGGAAGCCAUAUGCCUGCCAGGCCGAAGCAAUGGGGUGUGAUCUGCAGGCUCGUAGCUAGCAGGCUAGGCAAUGCAGUGAACACAAGCGGACCAUGCAUCGUUCCUGAUAAGUGAAUAAAACACUGUGGCCAGACAAUCAGCUUAUUCACUUAUCAGGAAUCGACUGUUCUACUAAUUCACUGGUUUUGUUUUUCAUUCUGUUGUAGUUCACUAUUUUUGCUGUGUUCUGUUUUUUUUUCCUCUCAUGCUUGGGCAAAUUCACUGGAGAUAUUACCUUCAUGUGACCAUGAACCGUUUCUAUCGAGUGAAAAUGGUAUCUUAACAAAAUCUAUGCACUUGCUAUCAGGAACACAAUACUGGAUGUGUCUUAUAUAUAUUGAACUAUAUAGUACUCGAUUUCUUAAAUAAAGCUUAAGAAAGGAUUUGUGUGCAAAGUGAAUGUGAUUCUUUCUCAAAGCAGUGUCUUUAAGGGGUAUUGUUCAUUUAAGUCUUCAAUGAUAUAGGAUAUUUUUCAUUAAAAUUAUAGCAUUGUCUUUAUGAAUUAAUAUUCAAUAAAUGGACUUUGGAAACAAAAAAA